AAAAAAAAAUAGUGGAAUGAUUCAUGAUCUCUACCCAUGCAUGACUGUGACUUGGAAAGUGGCAUGUAUCUUGGAACCUUUUCUUUACCACAGCAAGCACCAUGAUGUUGAUAGCUUAACUAUUGAAUUAUAUAUAUGUGUUCAUGUGUAACUAUGUUUAUGGAGAGUAAAGAAACAAAAAUGGCAAUUGUAGUAGAUGAUUCAAUCAAGAAACCAGCAAUCCCAUUCAACUGGGAAAUCCGACCCGGAGUUUCCAAGUUCCAACCACAUCAAAGCCCCGAACCACCAUCAUUGUUAUUAUCAUCGUCAUCAUCUAGACUCGUCUCCUCUUCUUCUUCACCAUCACAGGAACUCCAAACAGGAAGUGUUCAGUCCGUGAGCCUUUCUUCCAAUAGCAAGAAAUUCCCUUCAUCUUCUUUGACCCGACUUGAGUUGGUUUCGAGUCAGAAUCGUUGCCUCCCCAUUAAGUCGUGGUUAAGGUGGAGAUGGGAAAAGAAAACCAAGGUGGCUAAACCCAAGUUGAAGUUGAAGUUGGAGUUGGACCCUGAAUGUGUUAAGGAUUACGCAUUCUACUUGGAGAAGUUGGCCCGGUGGUCUACAAUGCCAUCUUCUCGAAGGCUAUCUUCUUCCUCUUUCUCAUCGCGCCUGCAGAGAUCAUCUUCUCAAUCCACUUCUAGAGAUGUUGAUGAAGUGGCUCCAUCUAGGCUCUUCCGCAACUUGGUUGGGUUUUUAAGAAGGCAAAAAAUGAUAGGAAUGGAGGGGAAUGGAAGAGAAAACAAAGAUGUUAACAUUUCUAUUUAUGUGGUUAAAAGUUAAAACCUAGGAAGGUAAGGGAAUUCACCCUCUUUCUUGUUGUUAUAUGGUUGACUAAAAGAAAGCAAAAAAAAAUAACUCUUGUGCAAUACAACUUAUACAAGUAAUACAGGAUUGUUCUUCAUGAUCAGAAACUAUGGAGUCAUGCUCAUGAUUUUAUGUAACACUUUAUGUCUCGUCACAUAAAACCGUCUUAUAUUAGAAUUUGUCAAGUGACGAAGGCUAACAAAGCUAAAAAAAAUUAGUAGCAGCUUCCUUGAUCAGCCAUUCAUGCUUUGCGACAGAUUCAAACAAUAUAACUAAUCAUGCAAAUAUGCAAUAAAGAAAUCAAAUUGCAUUCAUUUGCUCACAUUGAUUUACACAUUAGGUACUUCAUCCAGCCAAUCAAGAAUCUUAAGAACAGUCGGACUUCAGAGUUGAGGAUUAUAUUGAUCAUUAUAUACUCUGUAUUUGUGUUGCAUAGCUGUACACGUACCUCGGUAAGCAACAAUGUCAAAUACAGCUUCACCCAAAAACUCCCUCUCGAAGCAAGAAGGUAAACGAGAAAAGAAAAGGCAAGGUUCACAUUAGAAUCGAAACCAUGACCUUUGUACUUUUGCUUGACGUGAGAUGCCUUACACAGAGCAAGAUUUACCAGCCAGCCUAAAGUUUUCUUUUUUUUCAAAACAUUACCUAAAAAGAUAAAAGUGUUCACAACUACUAC